GGAAAAUAAGCGAAUCAAAACAAAAAGUGUAAAAAACUCUUAACAUUCCAUGGCUCGAAUAAAAAGAAUUUAAAUACAAGUUGACAUAAAAAUCAAUUCAUUUGAUAAGCAGGAACAAAGAAAUCGUCAUAUUAAAUUGAUGACGAAAUACUUAUUAGAAGAGAACGUGUCCAUUAACUUGAUGAUUUAUCUAGUGAUGACUUAGUGGGCAAAGUGCAUAGAUCUGUAUCAAUCGGACAGACUUUCGCAGCACCUCUCAGUCAGACAUAAAACCCAAAGAAUUUAUGUUUAUCCCCUAGAUAUUCAAAGCCGUAAUGUCGGAGGAGAAGGAAUUCCUGGAAGCCUAUGCCGGCAUCAAAGAAGCCUACAAAGCGGCGAUGACCCAGGUUGAGGUGGCCGUCAGCCAUGAGGAGCAGGAAUCCCAGGGACAGGCCAUCGAGGCCUAUGAGUUGGCCCUAAAUAUGAUAGAAGACACUUUCGGCAUUCCCGUAGGUCUUCCGGAUGAGAUUGAUGCCGUGCAGACCGAGUGGAACGAUGCCUGUGCGCUUAUACAAAAACUCAAGAGCGCAAAGACGGAAGUCAGCUACCAUCUAAAGGUUUUGCGAUCCCAGAACCAACCCAUUGAUGACACAGCCCUGGAGGCCAGAGAGGAAAAUCGAACGGAAGUGGAUGCAAAGAAACCUUUGCUGGCGGAGAACCCUUCCACGCAUUACGACAUAGCCAAUGCUAGCGGAACACCAAAAACUUACAGAGAGCUAGCUGCAGGAUUGAGGGAGCUUUUGGCGGUUCGGGAUUCCCAUGCCUUGCUGGAUGAGCUCUUCAGUGCCCAGGUGAAAAUCUACCGAAUUGAAGCCAGCGGAACUGUUACAUCUAUAGGUGGGGCGUCCACUAUGUCGCUGGUUAUGUGCACCGUGGGUGGUGAGUGGAAGUACCUCAGUGGCAUCUACUUCAUCCAAUGCUCCAUGCCGAAUGAAGAGACCGGAAUGAUUUGGCUCUACCCUCUGGUUCCCUCGAUCACCAACUGUUAUCGCACAGAGUAUGGAGCCUUCAUCUUCCCUGACAUGGAGUGCCAGCAACCGGGAAAUGCAUUUGGUUUAAUGCUGACGAAGGAGGGCCAGCCUUCGCUGAGAACGGAGGAAGAUUUGCAGGACCUCCAACAGUUCUUCCUCGACCUAUUAGAGGCUGUACUGGCUGGUACGGUGGAGCAGUUGAAAUCUCCGACCUCCCAACGUGCUGGUUUUGCUUCAGAUUCCGCUUCCGGUUCGGAGCAGGUGUCCAGACACAUUGUGGGUGCGGCCGAUUUCAUUGCUCGAAAUCUGGUGAAGGGCGCCGAGAAGACGGGAGGCCUCAUGCUCAGGAGUACCCCGUAUCUUAUUUCCAAGAUGACGCCAGCCGCCACCGAUGCUCCCACCCAAGUGCCCAGCUCUGUCCAGACUUCAGUUGAAGUGGCUCAGAAGGUGACGCAUGCGGCAGCCGGAAUGACUGGUUGGAUAGCUGGAAAGGUGGGCACUGCUUCGAUGGCAGUGGGUCGCUACCUGGCGCCUCACAUCCAGGAGCAGGGCUCCAAGCUGCUGCAGAAAGGAUUCGGCUACGACAGCAGUGAGGCGAAUAGCACUAUGGAGGGAGCCUUCACCAUCGCAGCCGGAGCCGUCGAAGGUGUCAGCACCGUAUUCGAUGGCCUUGAGACAUCGGCCAAGAUCCUCGGUUGCAGCCUGAGCCAAAACUCCGUCAAGAUAAUUGAACACAAAUAUGGACAGCCGGCGGGAAAUCUGGCCAGUGGCACCUUCGACACGGUGGGAAACGUUUUUGUGGUUAGCCAGAACGUAAACUACAUUACUCCCAAGGGGAUCGCCAAGAAAAUGGUCAAACGUACAGGAGAAGCCGUGGUUAGCGACUACAAACGGGACUUGCGUAGAUCGGAAUCUCACUAUAUAAAUGCAGGAGCACUCUAUCCGGAUUUACGGGCUUUAAAGGAAUGAGGGCCGAAACCAAAGAUAUAAUUCAUAUAUUGUAAUCGUCGAUACUGACAUGAUAUAUAUAUAUGCCACUUGUAGCUUUUUUAGGGGUUCCUUAAAGAAAAUCUCAUAUUUUAAUUUUGUUAUAUAUACCUAAAACGGUUACUCUUAUGAUAAAACCAAUUGUUGUGUGAUUUCUUUACGAAUUCAGAAAUGAUUUAUUAUUUGUCAGAUAAAGAUAUUAAAUAAAAAAAUUAAUUUUUUCAAGA